AUGGCCAUGGAGGAUGGAGCUGCCCCUGUUCCCGAGCCAUGCCCUAUUCUGAGGGCAUGGUCAAAGAGCCCUACAGUUAUGGGGCAGGUUGCUAAGGCGAGACGAAUCUUGAUUCUCCAGCAUGACAAGUUGAACCGUGCCACGCUGGGAGAGGGGUCCGGGGAAUCCGAGAGUGAGGUUGAUGAUGAUGAAGAGUUGGAUGUGGCUGAUGUAUCGGAGCCUCCAGUGAAUCCCUCACCUGAAUCCGCCCCGGAAAUUACAGUGUCUCCCAAGCCUGCAAAGCGUUGUCGUGCAGCCAAGUUUGAGGUGGCAAAGGCAUGGUUGAACCGUGUAGCCGAGUCGAAGGUUGCAGAGACACCGGAGGAGCAUCACGCAGCCAAGCCGGUUGCAAAAGCACCGGAGAAUCACGCAGCCGAACCUAAGGUUGCAAAGGCACCGGAGAAUCACGCAGCCGAGCCUGUUGCAAAGGCACCGGAGAAUCACACAGCCGAGCAUAAGGUUGCAAAGGCACCGGAGGAGAAUCACGCAGCCAAGGCUAAGGUUGCAAAGGCACCGGAGAAUCACGCAGCCAAGCCUGAGGUUGCAAAGGCACCGGAGAAUCACGCAGCCCAUGAGAUCGCAAAGGCACCAGAGGAGAAUCACGCAGCCAAGCCGAAGGUUGCAAAGGUUGCAAAGGCACUGGGGGUCGCAGGAGAAUGCAUGACAAUGCCGCCAACUGCUGUUCCUGGAGGCACUGGUACGAAGGACAAGGGCCUGAAACUGAUCAUCCCCAGAGCUUUGCCUGCACUAGAUCGGCCGAACUACGACUACCACCCCUUCGGAAUCUUCUGUGGUCGUGACUCCACCUCCCAAGGGUCUCUCGGCUGCAUAGAUCCCAAUGCGAAGCAUCGUCGAGAGCACUAUGUGGUGAAAGACGAUGACAAGGGUAAGUCUUUCAGAUGCCUCAACUGUGGUGAUGUUGGUGGGUUUGAAGCCUUGCAGUGCUUCCCCUGCAAUGCUUUAGAUGCUGAACAGGCUAAGUCUGCCAAUGAUGCUACCAGUCAGGCCGCAAGUCUCAGGCUUGCCCAGGCCUUGCAGGCCGAAGAAAACGAGCUGGUUGACCUGGAGGCUGAGUUGCUUGCAGAGCAAUUGAGCUUGGAGGAGUUGGUUCUCCAGGCUGAGGAGGGGGAGCUGCAAAGGCUUUUGGCCCAAGAGGAGGCUGAGCUUUUGCAAGCUAAGAUGGAGUCAUUGGAAACUAGGAUGGAGUGUGUGGGCGAAGUUUUGCCACCCCCUGGGUCUGGUGGUAGCAGCAGCAGCAGCGAACUUAAGAAACUACCAGCCAUGAGCACAAAGCGAUCUCUAGAGCAGCAGCUGGAGCUUUCCGAGGACCCCAAAGCGGAGGCCAAGAGGCCAUGCAUCACACAUGAGGCUGAGCACAAGCAGCCCCAGCGGGCUGCCGAUGUUAGCUUGGAUAAUGUGGACACUCUGCCGAUGGACAUCAACUUGGGUGGCCUUGAUGCCAUUGACAGCCUGAUCAAGUCCACCGAGGAGGACCUUGGCACAGGAUCGGUUCUGCUGUGUCCUGGGGAACAACCUCUAGAGACUCCAGAGGGUCAAGAGAAAGAGCGCGAGCCCAUGAUGUCAGUUGCUGCUGUUGAUGAUGAAGCUGCAAAGUCUGACGAUGGUGUCAGUCUUAGCCUUGGGACUGUGCACUACACAGAUGAUGAAGGUUCUGAUGGUGCUGUUGCCAAGGAUGUGCUCUAG